CUCUAGAUUUCCUCCCCCAAAUAUCGAAUUACAUUUUGCUAGCUUGAAAACUAUCAAACAAUCCCUAACGCCAAAUCACUCCGCCGGUUGGCAAAAUCCGGCUAAUGGCAGCAGCAACGAAAGUGGCCGGAAAUGGUCUAUUUCCCUCCAAUUCCCGUCCUCGUCUUUUUCCUUCCAAUUAUGCCCCUCGUUUCCUAGCCAUGGCACCACAAAAGAAGGUGAAUAAGUACGAUUCGAAUUGGAAAAAGGAGUGGUUCGGUGCGGGACUAUUCUAUGAGGGCCGCGAAGAGGUAGAAGUGGACGUGUUCAAGAAGCUGGAGAAGCGGAAGGUGCUGAGCAACGUCGAAAAAGCCGGCUUACUCUCCAAAGCCGAGGAAUUCGGCGUGACUCUAUCAUCCAUAGAGAAGCUCGGCCUUCUCUCGAAAGCGGAGGACCUCGGCCUGCUCAGUCUGCUUGAGAAGGCCGUGGACACUUCGCCAGCCGCAUUGGCCUCCGCCGCCCUGCCCCUCUUGGUGGCGGCUGUGCUCGUCGUUGUCGUGAUCCCGGAUGACUCGACGGCGCUGGUGGCGGUGCAGGCCCUCAUUGGAGGGCUGCUGGCGGUUGGGGGUGUGGGGUUGUUUGUGGGGUCACUUCUUGUGGAAGGGUUGCAAGAGGCUGAUUAAUUGGGAUUGUUUUGUUCUUUUUUAUGUAUAUUAGUAUAGCUUUCUAUUACGCUUUGUUUGACGGUUGAUAUUAUUCAAGGUUUUAUUUUGGUCA